AUGUGUGUUCGGGACCAGGCGCUGCUCUACUACCGGCUGCUGCUCUGCGGGGUGGAGGAGGCCCGCGGGGCCCUCCAGGGCCCGAUGGCCGACCCCUCUCUGGGCGUCCUGAUUGGCCGGCCCGCCGAGCCCGUUAACCAAUGGGCGCACAGCUUCAACACCCUGGAGCCCCUGAGAGGCAGCGCCCCGCUGGAGUGUGACCGGGACUUCUGGGAGCUGCGGGACAGCGUGGUGCAGUGCGAGCUGGUCGUCCUCCGCCAGCUCAACUUCCACGUCUCCUUCGAACACCCGCACAAGUACCUGCUCCACUACCUUUUGUCGGUCAAGUCUCUGGUGAACCGGCACGCCUGGUGCCGGACGCCGGUGGCCGAGACUUCCUGGGCGUUGCUAAGAGACUGUUACCACGGAGCCGUGUGCAUCCGGCACAGCCCGCAGCACAUCGCCGUGGCAACGCUGUACCUGGCCCUCAACAGCUACGGCGUGGAGCUGCCCGCCGGCGAGAGGGAGUGGUGGCAGGAUGUGACCAAAGCCGACAUCGAGGCGGUGAUCUCUGACCUCCUGCGGCUCUACGACCUGGAGGCCAAAUGCAUCUGA